GAGAAACUUUAUGUGUUUGGGUUUGGUUUAGCUUUUGUAGUCUCUCCUUCGUUCAGGAGAAGCAGGUAGAAAGAAAAGAAAAUAAGGUGUGUGUGUGUGUGUCUGAACAAGGACGACCCCACACACACCUUUCUAUCGUUUUUUUUCUUCUUUCCAAAUCUUCUCCUAACUCCUAUUUUUUCGAUCAUCUUUCGUACGCACAAUUAAUUUAAAUUUCAUCAAUCUUUUACUUUUCUUCAAAAUUAAAUUUGACUUUUUAAUCGCGUGCACUUCUACUUUCUUCCUCUCCUUUUCUUUCUUUUCUUCAAAACAAAUGUUUUUUUUUUUACUCUUCAAUAAUUGGGGAUUCUUCCUUAUGCAAAUGUCAAUGAUCUAAUAUCCUUGCUUUCUUACUCGUUUUUGAAUUAUUCUUCUUCAAUUGCAUCACACACUUCACACGUGUGACUAUAGAACCAAACAAUUAACCUUUUAUUUUUUAUUUUUUAUUAUUAUCACAAUUCUCUCUUCAAAUUGGGUUUUUUUUUGCUGCUUCUGCAAUUUUUUUAAGAGGAAGGGACUAUUAUUGCAUAUGUACUUGGAAUUUUUACGAACAUAUAGCUAUUUGAUUUAUGGGUUGGCUUAGCAGAAUUUUUAAAGGCUCAGACCAUAAGGUUUCUGAAGGGCAUUACUAUAGAGAUGAUACAAGUUAUUACUUGCCAUCGACUUCAGGGGAUGUUUGGACUGAGAACGAGAAUGAAGAUAUAGAUCAUGCUAUUGCAUUGUCUCUUGUAGAAGAAAAUCAGAAAGCGAAGAAUGUAAAGGACCACAGAGCACAAUUAGAAGAAGAUGAACAACUUGCCAGAGCUAUAGAAGAAAGCCUAUAUUUGGAGUCACCUCCAAAAUACGGAAAUGAUAAUAUGUAUCAACCAAUUCAACCGAUUCAACCAAUUCAGCCGAUUCAACCGAUUCAACCAAUUCAGUACUUCCCGAUGGGUUACAGGAUAUGUGCUGGCUGCAAUACUGAGAUUGGUUAUGGACGAUACCUAAAUUGCUUGAGUGCAUUCUGGCAUCCCGAAUGUUUCCGCUGCCGUGCUUGCAACCUACCAAUCUCUGAUUAUGAGUUUUCCACGUCUGGAAAUUACCCUUACCAUAAAACAUGCUAUAAGGAAAGCUACCAUCCGAAAUGUGAUGUCUGCAAGCACUUUAUUCCAACCAACCCUGCUGGUCUUAUUGAAUAUAGGGCACAUCCAUUUUGGAACCAGCAUUAUUGCCCUUCUCAUGAACAUGAUAAUACUCCUCGCUGUUGUAGCUGUGAGAGAAUGGAGCCACAUGGGACAGGAUAUAUUGCCCAUAAGGAUGGAAGGAAGCUCUGCUUAGAGUGUCUCGAUUCUGCUAUUAUGGAUACUUAUGAAUGCCAGCCCCUUAAUGCUGAUAUACAAAAGUUCUAUGAAAGCCUAAAUAUGAAACUGGAUCAGCAAGUUCCACUAUUGUUGGUUGAAAGACAAGCACUGAACGAAGCAAGGGAGGGAGAGAAGAAUGGCCACUAUCACAUGCCUGAGACCAGAGGACUCUGCCUCUCAGAGGAACUCAGCACUAUAUCGAGACGACCUAGACUUGGGACAGGAAAUAGAACGAUAGACAGGACAACACAGCCAUACAAACUGACCGCGCGCUGUGAUGUGACAGCAAUUCUCAUUCUAUACGGUCUUCCAAGGUUGCUUACCGGAUCGAUUCUAGCACAUGAGAUGAUGCAUGCAUGGCUGCGGCUAACAGGUUUUCGGACUCUAAGUCCAGAGGUUGAAGAAGGUAUCUGUCAGGUUUUGGCUCAUAUGUGGUUGGAGUCUGAGCUUUCUUCUGCAUCAGGCAGCAAUUUUGUAUCAGCCUCAUCGUCAUCUGCAUCAUAUACAUCUAAGAAAGGUAAAAGGCCACCUUUUGAGAGGAAGCUCGGGGAGUUUUUCAAGCACCAGAUUGAAUCAGACAUUUCCCCGGUUUAUGGAGAUGGAUUUAGGGCAGGUCAAAAAGCGGUUCGCAAGUAUGGCCUACAGCGGACCCUUCACCAUAUCAAGAUGACGGGGAGUUUCCCAUAUGAAGCAUAGAUAUCUCCCAUUUUAAUUGAUUGUUUCUCAUUCUUUUUAGAGAUAAAGCCUGGCUUGUUGUUAUUAGAAACGGAGGCUAAGGUACUUAGGCAUUAGCUUUGAUGCAGUGCUGAUUUUUUUUGUACUUGUAAUUAAUUGAUACCUUCGCUCAUGUAUUGAUUACAUUCAUAUGAUUCUUUAAAUCUAUUUCAAUCACACGGGUUAUAUUUAUAAUUGUA